CAGCUGGGCUCGUGCCUUCCCAAGGGCCCUUCAGCCUUUCUGAACUCCGUGACUUCCUCCGCGAGGCCGGCAGUGAGCGGCGCCCGGCAGGACCGGCAGCACGGGUCCCCUGCCCUGGUCCCCUCCAGAGAACAUCAGAAUGGAGAAGAGAUUCUGCGGGCAGCUCUAUCUGGCCCUCACCCUCCUCCUCCUGAACCUGGGCUCUGCUGUGGCUGUCGAAAACCUUCACGGCUGCUAUGGAAGUCCAGGCCUGCCAGGCAUGCCGGGUGUGCCAGGCAGGGAUGGUCGGGAUGGGCUGAAGGGAGCCAAAGGGGAACCAGGUAUCCCAGCUUCUUCUACACAGCUCGGGCCCAAGGGCAUGAAGGGCGAACCGGGUCCCCCUGGCCCUCCAGGCAAGCCGGGCCCCCCUGGGGCCCCUGGAGCGAUGGGAAUCCCCGGGGCUGCGGGCGAUGUCGGACCCCCGGGCAUGCCAGGCAGCUCCAAGCAGAUGCAGCAGUCGGCGUUCUCAGUGACGAGGAGGACCAGCCAGUACCCCCAGAAGAACGUCCCCGUGGUUUUCAACAACGUCAUCACCAACACCAACCGCGACUACGACACCACCUCGGGCAAGUUCACCUGCAGGCUCCCCGGGGUCUACUACUUCGUGUUCCACAGCUCGCACACGGCCAACCUCUGCGUGAUCCUGCACAAAAACCAGAGCAAGAUGGCCAGCUUCUGUGACCACAAGACCAACAGCAUGCAGGUCAGCUCGGGGGGAACGCUGCUGCACCUGGCUGCUGCGGACGAGGUCUGGCUGGGGGUGAACGACUACAACGGCAUGGUGGGCAUCGCCAACUCUGACAGCGUCUUCUCGGGCUUCCUGCUCUUCCCAGACUAGAGGAUCAGCAGGGCCCACCCCAGCGCCCUGAUAUCUUCCACCUGCGCUGAACACGCUGCUGGGCUCCUCCUGAUGCUCCCAGUGUCUCUGCAGAGAGGGCACCAAGCCCAGCAGCCAGACCCACCCCUCGGUGCACAGGGGGAACGGGCACAUCUGGAUGCAUCUGCACCCAGAGCGAGGGUGCUGAGCUCCUGCUCCUGCUGGCACCGCCAUGUGCAUCCCCCCCACUAGCCCCACGUCACCUCAGAGGUCUCUCUGUGUUCCUCCCCUCCCCACCUGGGCUGCCUCAAGCUCGGCCAGGUGUCCUGGUGCAGGACAACGCCUUUGCCAUGGCCUGGCUGUGGAAAGUGUCAAUAAAACCUUCC